AGUUUGCCCCGCCUCCCGUCACCGUAGAUAACAUCACACCGAAUCUGUUUCGUUUUAUCGGACUGUAGUGGAAUUUGUUGGUUUAUUGGCAUUAGUUGCUAGAGUAACUGACUGAACGCGGCUCAUGCUGUUUGGUGUUUUAGUGUUUUAGUGUUUUAGUGCGGCUGUAGUUCGGGGAGGUUUUAAGGAAGUGGUUAAGGCUCUGGGUCACUGAUCAGAAGGUCAGUGGUUCGAGUCCCAGCACCGCCGAGCUGUGGUCCUUGAGCACGGCCCUUAACCCUCUCUGAUCCAUGAUGCUGUAUCGCGGCUGACCCCUGACCUCUGACCCCAGCUUCCUAACAAGCUGGGAUAUGUGAAGAAAAGAAUUUCACUUUGCUGUAAUGUAUGUGUGACGAAUAAAGUCUUCUUCUUCUUCUUCUUCUAAACCCAUGUUGGUGGUGAUAUUAGUGCAGUGCAGUAUACCCAAAAUGUCCUGAGUAAAAAAUGCAUGAAAUCUGCUCAGACUGGUCAGACUGGUCUCAGGCAAGAAAUCUGAGUUUUUUUCAGCUAAUGUGCUAAUAUUCUAAAUAAACACCCUGAUGUGUGUCAUGUGGGAUUGAUAAGUGGGUUAAUUCAUUAAUAUUUAUAUAUUUAUAUGCUUAUGUGUGAGUGUGAGAGAUAGAGAUAGAGAGAACACUUUUAAGUAUAUUAAGUGUUUUUUAGCGUCUAAAAUGGCGCUUUGGAAAUCACUUCAGUCUUUAACGCUAGGUCACUUCCGGUCUCUGUGUGUGUGCGCGCGCGCGCGUUGCCUCCUCGGCUUGAGCUCCUUCAGUGUCGUGGCGAUGUGGGGGCGGGCCUAUGUAAAUGAGCUCUCUCCUACACAGCGAAUGAGAGCGCGGAUGGUGUUCUUGGUCCCGCCCCUUAGGCCAGCUGGCGUUUUUGUGUGCGCGCGCGUGUCCUUUCCCUUCCCCUCUCAUUAAUGGCAGUACAGAGAGAGAGAGAGAUAGAGAGAGAGAAAAGAAAGAGAGAGAGAGAGAGGGGAGCGGUUUGACUGAAGGAAAAGAAGGAAAAGAGAGAAAAAUGCUAAACGGACGUGGAGGCAGAAACCCGCAUGAGCUGUACUACCUGCAGAUGCAGCGGGCGGAGGAGAAGAUGGAUCGUGAGGAGAGCAGAGGGAACGAGGGACCCAGGCAGAGGCUGAAGGUGUGUGUGGCCACCUGUAACCGAGCAGAUUACUCCAAACUCGCCCCCAUCAUGUUCGGCCUCAAAGAGCAGCCUGACCUGUUCGAGCUCGAGGUCGUCGUCCUGGGCUCACACCUCAUCGACGAUUACGGUAAUACGUACCGUAUGAUUGAGCAGGACGAGUUCAACAUCAGCUCGAGCCUCCACACUAUUGUUCGUGGUGAGGAUGAAGCGGCCAUGGUGGAGUCUCUCGGCCUGGCUCUCGUCAAGCUCCCUGACGUCCUUCACCGCCUGGCGCCUCACGUGCUGAUCGUCCACGGCGACCGCUUCGACGCUCUCGCCGUGGCCACAGCGGCGGCGCUGAUGAACGUCCGUAUCCUGCACGUGGAGGGCGGAGAAGUGAGCGGCACCAUCGACGACUCUAUCCGCCACGCCAUCACCAAACUGGCGCACUACCACGCCGUGUGCACGCGCGCCGCCCAGACGCACCUGCUCGCCAUGUGCGAGGACCACAACCGCAUCCUAUUGGCCGGCUGCCCGUCAUAUGACCGCCUGCUCAACGCGCGGCACCGUGACGACUACGAUGACAUCAUUAAAGCCUGGCUCGGUGACAGUGUGAAGGAGUCUGACUACAUCGUGGCUCUGCAGCAUCCUGUAACGACAGACAUCCAGAACUCCAUAAAGAUCUACGAUCUCAUGCUGGACGCUCUUAUCACCUUCAACAAGAAAACACUCAUCCUGUUCCCCAACAUCGACGCUGGCAGUAAGGAGAUGGUGCGUGUGAUGAGGAAGAAGGGAAUCGAGCAGCACCCGAACUUCCGCGCCGUUAAACACGUUCCCUUUAAUCAGUUUAUCCAGCUGGUGGCUCACGCAGGCUGCAUGGUGGGGAACAGCAGCUGCGGCGUGCGCGAGGCCGGAGCCUUCGGGACGCCCGUCGUCAACCUGGGCACGCGCCAAACCGGCCGAGAAACAGGUGAGAACGUUCUCCACGUGCGUGACGCUGAUACGCAGAAUAAGAUCUACCACGCCCUGGAGCUGCAGUUCGGGAAGAGAUACCCCUGCUCCAAGAUCUACGGAGACGGAAACGCCGUGCCGCGGAUCCUGAAGUUCCUGCAGUCCAUCGAUCUGUCGGAGCCGGUGCAGAAGACGUUCAGUUUCCCGCCGGUGCCCGAGGACAACGUGUCCCAGGACAUCGACCACAUCCUGGAGACGCAGAGCGCGCUGGGCAUCGACCUCGGGGGCACCAACCUGCGCGUGGGCAUCAUCACCAUGGCGGGGAAGAUCAUGAGGAAGUACACUCAGCCCAACCCUAAGACCUACGAGGAGAGGAUGGAGCUCAUACUGAGCAUGUGCAAACAGGCCAUGGCCGACGCCAUCCCCCUCAACUGCAGAAUCCUGGGAGUGGGGGUGAGUACUGGGGGCAGGGUGAACCCACAGAAUGGCGUGGUUUUGGACUCCACUAAGCUGAUAAACGAGUGGAGCCACAUUAACCUGCGCUCUCCAGUGUCUCAAUCGCUCCACCUGCCGGUGUGGGUGGAUAACGAUGGGAACUGCGCCGCGCUCGCUGAGAGGAAGUUCGGCCACGGGAAGGGCGUGGAAAACUUCGUCACCAUCAUCACAGGGACGGGAAUCGGAGGCGGGAUCAUCCAGCACGGCGAGCUGAUCCACGGCAGUACGUUCUGCGCCGCUGAGCUCGGACACAUCAUGGUGUCUCUGGACGGGCCGGAGUGUUCGUGUGGGAGUCGCGGCUGCGUCGAGGCCUACGCCUCAGGGUUAGCGCUGCAGCGAGAGGCUAAGAGACUGCACGAUGAGGAUCUGCUGGUGGUGGAGGGAAUGAGCCUGAACAACAAGGAGCAAGUGAACGCAUCACACCUCGUCCAAGCUGCUCGCCUCGGAAACAGUAAAGCAGAGGGAGUGCUCCGGACGGCGGGUACGGCUCUCGGUGUUGCGGUCGUGAACAUCCUCCACACAGUAAACCCGUCUCUGGUGGUUCUGUCCGGUGUUCUCAGUCAGCACUACAAGAGUCCCGUCACAGACUUCAUCAGCCAGCGCGCCCUCUCCUCCGCCAGGGAGGUGAAGGUCAUGACCUCUGAACUCGACAGCCCCGCCCUCCUGGGCGCCGCCAGCAUGGUCCUGGACUACACCACGCGCCGCACGUACUGAGACGCCACGUACUGACACCGAGGGCCAAUCAGACUCUUUCUGUGUCUUUCAGUAUUUCCUGAAACUCGAGUGUGUUUGGGAUCAAACCGUUCAGACGCAACUGGAAUAGCCACUCUGAGACUCGGAGCCAAUCAGACGAGACGCUCAGGGACUCGGAGCCAAUCAGACGAGACGCUCAGGGACUCAGAGCCAAUCAGACGAGAGGCUCUGAGACUCGGAUCCAAUCAGACGAGACGCUCUGAGACUCAGAGCCAAUCAGAUGAGAGGCUCUGAGACUCGGAGCCAAUCAGAUGAGAGGCUCUGAGACUCAGAGCCAAUCAGAUGAGAGGCUCUGAGACUCAGAGCCAAUCAGAUGAGAGGCUCUGAGACUCGGAGCCAAUCAGAUGAGAGGCUCUGAGACUCGGAUCCAAUCAGACGAGACGCUCCGAGACUCAGAGCCAAUCAGAUGAGAGGCUCUGAGACUCGGAGCCAAUCAGAUGAGAGGCUCUGAGACUCAGAGCCAAUCAGAUGAGAGGCUCUGAGACUCAGAGCCAAUCAGAUGAGAGGCUCUGAGACUCGGAGCCAAUCAGAUGAGAGGCUCUGAGACUCGGAUCCAAUCAGAUGAGACAUUCUGAGACUCGGAGCCAAUCAGAUGAGACAUUCUGAGACUCGGAUCCAAUCAGAUGAGAUGCUCAGGGACUCGGAGCCAAUCAGACGAGACGCUCAGAGGCUUGUAGCCAGUCCAACACUGUGAACCUUGGAGUGUCUCUUCUGAUUGGCCGUGAGCUUCAGAGUGUCUCUUCUGAUUUGUUGUGCACUUCAGUGUGUCUCUUCUGAUUGGCCGUGAGCUUCGGAGUGUCUCUUCUGAUUGGCCGUGAGCUUCGGAGUGUCUCUUCUGAUUGGCCGUGAGCUUCGGAGUGUCUCUUCUGAUUGGCUGUGAGUCUUGUAGACUCGGUGCAAAAAUGAUGAAGGCUCUUGGCUAAUCCCAUGUAACACUGGAGCCAAUCAGACGGCACAUACUGAGACAAAAGGCCAAUCAGAAACCUUGUACAGGAUCAAACAGAGCCUAGACCCUUUAUUUUAUUUCUUUAUUUUAACCUCUAUUGCUUCUUUUUUUUAAUCCUGAUGUUUUUAUUUUUCAUUUGCUAGAUAUUUAUUUUGUAAUUAUUUGUGAUCAAACAUUCUGAACUGUGUUCUUUAUGCUGAUUUGUUGAAGGAAUGCUUCACGCAGAGUGGCUCGCUUUAAAGAUUUUAUAAUAAGUGUAGGUGCUGGAGAAUUCUCUCUCUCUCUUUCAUAUUUUUAUAUUUCUCUGUUCUGAAUGGCAUUUAUUUCGCGUGACGUGACCGAUAAACACUAUGACGAACAGCUGUACGAUGAAGGAAGCCGACGUUGGAAUCAUCUCGUCUGUCGGAAUCCUGAGGCUGUGAUCCAGUUCUGUUUCUAACACUCGCUUGUUCACUUUCCCUUGAUUGAAGUCACUUAGCUGUAUUUAAUAUUCCGUUAUUUUAUUUUAUUUUAUUUUAUUACUUUAAGGGAAGUAAUCAACACAUCAACACAAUUUAUCAUAUUUCUAGCUAGGUUAUUAGCGAUGUUUAGCUAACGUUGCCAGUUAUAAAAUUAUGUUCAGUAUUUUAUGCUAAUAUCUGCUAAGUACAAGAAGUAUAAAAACUGUCUAAGCUGUUGAUUGGCUGAUCAGAUUUAAGUUAAGCCCCGCCCAUGUUUACUCAGCAACGCCCAUCACUCAUCAGAUCAUUUAACCGAUUGAUCCAAUCAGAAGCUAAAUAUUUGAUCAUACUGUUACUUUAACCAGUUUUCCACCAGUCACAGACGUUAUUAAUGUUAUUAAAUUAGGAGGAGGAUCUAUGAAUAUGCAUAAAUAUGCAAAUUUGGGGGAAACAAAUCAGGAUUUUAAUAUUGAAGUCUGAGCUGUUUAUUGCUAAUUAGCUGCUUUAGCUAGCCACAUUGGUUUUAGUCACCAGCUUACUCGUGAAUAAUUAGCAUACUGGACCGUGAUUGUGACCGUAAUUGUGGCUGUUUUGUCAGUCAGUCAGUCAUAUUUAUUUAUAAAGCACAUUUAAAAACAACAGCUGUUGGCCAAAGUGCUGUACAAAAUUCAAGCAUAUACCAAAAAUACAAAAGUAAACAUAGAACACAGCAACAGAUAGUACACUACAGUUAUGCCACUGCACUUACUUAUGACCGUAUGCAACAGUAAAUAAAUAAGUUUUAAGAAGAGACUUAAAAUCAGCACAUGUUGGUGCAGUUCUUAUAUAGGGGGGCAAAUUAUUCCAGAGCUGUGGAGCAGCCACUGAAAAGGCACGAUCUCCUUUUGAUUUCAAGCGUGACCUUGGAACAGUCAACUGAAGACUAUUAGUUGAUCGAAGUUCCCUGGAGGCGUUACAGUGGAACAGACGGAGAUCGGAGAUAUAUGAAGGAGCCAGUCCAUGCAAACCCUUAUAAACAAACAACAAUGUUUUAAAAUGGAUACGAUAUUUAACUGGGAGCCAGUGGAGAGAGAUCAACACUGGUGAAAUAUGUUCCCUCUUCCUUGUUCCAGUUAACAAUCUAGCAGCAGCGUUUUGAACAAGUUGAAGACGUGACAAUAGAGACUGUGAAACACCCAAGUAUAAUACAUUACAAUAAUCUAAUCUGGAUGAAAUAAAAGCAUGUAUUACAGAC